GUGGGACCAAAAGUGUCUAUGCUAAUAUCGGGUUGAGGUCUUAAAACAUUGAUGUAUUUCUUUUUUUCGGAAUUUACUACUUCAUUUACUAAUUAUUAUCUAUUUACUGUUGACCUGCGUAUUGUGUUAUUAUACAUACAUAAGAAUAUACAUAGUUGAUGUGGAGCUUGACCGUGGUUGUGAUUCACUUGUGAUAAAAUGACUACCGCAGCUAGACCAACUUUUGACCCAGCUAGGGGUGGCCAAGGACGAGGUGAAAAGGAUUUGAGUGCUAUUUCCCGCCAGUACUCGAGCAGAGAUCUCCCGGGCCAUACAAAGCUUAAAUACAGGGAACAAGGCCAAGGAACUACAGAUGAGCUACGUUCAAGAGAUUUCCGUAAAGAACUUGAUGAAAGGGAAAAGGAUGUAAAAGCCCCAAAUGCCAGAAGAUUAGUUGAGCCAUCUGUAAAAAGAUUAAAGACUGACCAAGUACCAGCAGCCAGUUUAGAUGCUGAUGAUCCCCUUGAAGGGGAUUCAACAGACUCUGAGGACUCUGAUGAUGAUACAGCUGCUUUGUUAGCAGAGUUAAACAAAAUUAAAAAAGAGCGUGCAAUUGAACAGGCAAAGAAGGAUGCUGAAAAGAAACAAGAGGAGGAGAGAAUAAGAAUGGAAAAUAUAUUAUCAGGAAAUCCACUGUUAAAUUACUCUGCAGCAGGACAAAAGAAUGAUUUAAAGGUAAAAAGGCGGUGGGAUGAUGAUGUCGUGUUCAAAAACUGUGCACGCACGGAGCCUGAGAAGAAGCCAAAUACAUUUAUCAAUGACUCGUUAAGAUCAGAGUUUCACAAGAAAUUCAUGGAAAAAUAUGUUAAAUAGUUAGUUAUAUUUACUGUGAAGAACCUAAUAUUGGAUAUUCUAAAACACUGCUAUCAUUAACUUGAUCAUCAUUGUCAGUUGUUUAUGAUAUUAUGACGCACAGAACACGGUACUGGGGGCCAACAUUUAUUUAAGUGUUUGUGUUGCCACAGAAGGUGACAAAAAAUGGGAAACUGGCUAUUAUAAAGAUAAGUAUACCAGUUAUCGAUAGCUUCGAAGUAGCCAUCUUCCCUUUAAAGUUGCCGAUUUACUUCAAAACCAGCUGGCCUUUAAAGUAGCCGACAUACCUCAAAUGUAGUGGUUAUACCUCUAAAUUUUUCGCGGUAGUA